GUCGAGCUCUCAUAUUUGCCCCCUGCAUGUCGAUCAAUUCUUGGGGACCCGCAAGAUCGCCAGCUCGUCGAGUCCACAGCAUAUACGCAAAGUUAUCAACGCCGCGUUGGUGUUAAUAAAAGGUCUUUAAGAUCUUUAUCUUCUGGCCAUGAGCCAAACUCUCUUCGAGGCGGAGGAUUGGCCUCUUCCCCCUGUCCGACGAGAAAGUACCGUCUCGUCUUCGACCCAGUCCUCAUCCUCUAGUUUCAUAUCAACUUCUUUUUUCCCGCUUCCUCCCAUCAGCCCCGCAACAUCGUCUCCGGGAAGAUCGCGGCAGGCGUCAUGCCAGUCUUUGUACGAUGAAGUAACCCGAUUACCACUGAACCCUGCUGUGACAAUCUCAUUCGUCCGAAGUCACAAACUGUUCAAACUUCGCUACACAUAUAUUGAUAUUCGCAAAGAUGCUACAGGGGCUCUAAGGGCCUUAGAGCUUGGGGGGGCUGUUGGCCAGCAGACGCCCUUUGUGCACACCUUCAACACCACGAAACUUCCCGUCCCACAUCUAGAACACCCCAAACUGCCCAAUGAACCCUCUCUAAGAAUUUCCUUCAUGGAGGAACAGACCAUCCAGACCGCCCAUACCGUUUUCACAUCACAGUUAUCUUAUACCUUUGAGGAUUGGAAUGAUUGCGUGCAGUUCCAAGAGCUCAUCCUCACGGCCAAGCUCGUUUUCAUUGCCGGGAUUGCCGAGGCCAAAUCCAAAGGUCGUGGAGAAGAAUGCAUCAGUCAGAAUCUACGCAUUCUGCGUGGCUAUAACGGCAAACAAGUGAUGCUGUUUUUCGCUAAUUCGCAACGAAAGGAGCUAAAGCGCUAUGUCUCGGUUCCUGUAAAUUGCAUCGAAAGUGUCCAACCGCCGAAAAAGGCCGGGCGGCCGGUUGUGUUACAACUUCUACCCAAUUUUGAUUACCUCUCCCAGAUGAGAAAUCUCCAGAUCCAUUUUUUAGACCACGGAGAUAGCUUAUCCUUCUGUCAAUUUCUGGCAGACCACGCAAAAUAACUACCAUUCGAUGAUCCUGUUUUUCUACAUGAUUUCGGAGCGAGAAUAUUGCAUGUUCUCUCAUACAUUAGAGAUUCUUUCUACAGGGUUUUUGAAACUACGAAAGAGAUUCUAAAAUCCGGUAAUAGUCGGAGCGCUGGCAUGCUCCAAGGGCGGAUUCUGUCGGAGGUAACCUUUAGAUUUUUUUUCUUUCUUUCUUUCUUUCUUUUUUUUUUUUU